AAAAGCCUUUUUUAGAUGUAGAGAGAGAGACCCGUGUAUUAGGAGAGAGGGAGGUAGAGAGAGAAAGAGACUUUUUUUGAUUUGCCUUGAGAUAGAGAGCAUAUGGGUAGAGAGAGAGAGAGACCGGCUGAAGAGCCAGAGGAGAGAGUUAUGGAGUUAGAGAACGAUCACCAAAGCUCAACCCCUGAAACUUCAAAGCUACGGAUGAGAGGGAAAGUCAUGGUAGAGAGAGAAAGAACACCAUCAUCGACGACGAUGACGAUGACGAUGACGAGGGUGAAGGGCUCGUGGAGCCCGGAGGAGGAUGCCACACUGAGCCGGCUCGUUGCGCAUCACGGGGCUCGUAACUGGUCUGCGAUCAGCGCCGGCAUUCCGGGUCGGUCUGGCAAGUCGUGUCGGCUGCGGUGGUGCAACCAGCUGAGCCCGAACGUUCACCACCGGCCCUUCUCCCCGGCAGAGGAUGCUGCAAUCGUUGAAGCCCAUGCCCGCCAUGGCAACAAGUGGGCCACGAUCGCCCGUCUCCUCCCCGGCCGCACUGACAACGCCAUCAAGAACCACUGGAACUCGACUCUUCGCCGCUCCGCCGUCAAUGCACAAACUCACAACAUCCAUACACAGCCCCACAGCAACCAUACACAACCCUGCUCGCUGCCUCCUCCACACUCUCCUGCACCGUAUGUGCGCCAUGCACAGGCCGUGCGUGGGGAUUCAUCAGGGGGGUCAGAAUGUGGGAGCGAAGGGAGAAGUAGGAGCGAGGACGAGGAGCCGCCAACGUGCCUGACCCUUUUGCCGCCGGGAUCAGAGGCGAAGGGUGUAGGGCCACAAGGGGGAUAUGUGAGGGUGGAGGAAGCGUCGGCGAUGGUGGGCGCCGCGGUGAAGGUGGCUAUGGCGGAGGCGCUCCCCAUGGUGAUGGUGCCCAGGGGCCACGGCGGCGACAGUGGGAAUGGGGCGUUUAUUGGGCGUGAUGGGCGGCUAAUGGCGCUGAUCCAUGGGAUGAUAGCGGAGGAGGUGAGGAGUUACUUGGGUGGGAUGUUGCCCAUUUCUCAGCAGAGGAAGGUUUAAGGGGAUGGGGUUCUUCAAUUAGGAAUGGAUUGAAUAGGAGUUGAAAACAGAGAGAGAGAGAGAGAGAGAGAGAGAGAGAGAGAGAGAGAGAGAGAGAGAGAGAGAGAGAGAGAGAGA